CUCCUCCCCCUCUCUCCUUCUUUCCCUCUGUGUUUUUCUCCAGAGACUUCCAGUUUUUGAACACCACACUGUUCUUACCUACUGGCCCUGCACCCCACACACACGAAAAGAGAGAAGCACAGAAGCUAUGUCUCUUCUACGUGGGCCCCUGUUGGCCAUACUGGUCAGUAUGGCCCUGUGCCAGUAUUACGACUACGACUACCAGCCUAUGUCCAUGUUAGGACCCUCAGGGCCCAACUGUAAUCAAGAAUGCGAGUGCCCGAUCAACUUCCCCUCCGCCAUGUAUUGUGACAGCCGCAAGCUCAAGUUUGUUCCCAUAGUCCCAUCAGGGAUCAAGUACCUGUACCUCCAGAACAACUUGAUUGAAGAGAUCAAGGCAGGAGUGUUUGAUAAUGUCACUGCUGAACUUCGCUGGCUUGUACUUGACAACAAUCAGAUCACCAAUGCUAAGAUAGCAAAGGGAACAAUUGACAAGCUCACUGCCCUCGAGAAGCUGUUCUUCAGCCAUAACAACCUCACAGAGCCAGUCAUCCCUCCCUCCAAGUCUCUUGAUGAGCUGAAGAUGAUGCACAACAAGUUGUCGAAGUUCCCAUCUGGACUCUUGACUGACAAAGAAAAUUUGACCUCCAUCAACCUUCAAUACAAUCAGCUAACCUCUGAUGCCAUUGCGGGGGCAUUCAAAGGGCCGAAGAAGCUGAUCUCCUUGGAUGUGAGCCACAACAAGCUGAAGAAGCUGCCAGCCGGCGUCCCCAAUUCACUGGAAAUCCUCUAUGCUGACUACAAUGACAUCGACAGUGUCGGAGCUGGAUACCUGAACAAGCUGCCUUCGCUGCAGUACCUAAGAAUCUCCCACAACAAGCUGGUGGACUCCGGCAUCCCUGCUGGAGUCUUCAAUGUGUCGUCACUGGUGGAGCUGGACCUGUCUUUCAACAAGCUUCGGUCCAUCCCUGAGAUCAACGAGCAGCUGGAGCAACUCUACCUCCAGGCCAACGAGAUCAACAAGUUUGACCUGACAAGUUUCUGCAAGUUCAUUGGACCCCUCAACUAUUCCCGUCUGAAGCAUCUGCGUCUGGAUGCCAACAACAUCACACACAGCAGCAUGCCCCCUGAUUCCUCCAACUGCCUGCGCCAAGCUUCAGAUAUCAUGUUUGAAUAAGGACCUCCCUCAAAUCUAUGACCUUUCCGUGACCCCCACUCUACUAUCAUGACACAGCUCAGCCUGAAGCCUUGUGGAUUUAAAUGUCACAAUAUCCCACCUUUUAAAGUACUGACAUGUCUUUGCACUUCUGACAUAAGUAUAAUGUAAAUCUGGGGUAUUGUAACGGCAUCUACAUCAAUUAAAUAUAUAUUCUGAACAAAUCUAAAGCUGGGCAAAUCUGAGAUACAAUACAAGGGCUACAUUUGAAGAUGUUUUAGUAAUAUAUCUCGCACAUAUGCAGUCAGACUGUUAAAUUGAUUAAGCAUCAAGCAAAUGUUCCAAACAUUUGUCUGUAUUUGUACGCUUUUGUAGAUUUGAAUGAAUAUUCUAAUUGUUGAAAUAAACACAAGGGCAAAAAAAGAAAAAAAAAACAAUAAAAUUACAAUAAAAAAUAAAAAA